UUGAUAUUGCUGAAAAAAUUUCUUUUCUUUUAUUUCACUGCCAACAACUUCUCUAUAGGGGCUUAGGUCUCUCACAGAGUGGCUUUUUAACACUUCCAUUUUCCUCUGCUUUUUUGCUCUAAGGUUACCAGAGAGGUUUCUCCCACAACGGUUCUCAGCUAUCAUUAUGGUGAGAAAGAGGAGAACUGAGCUUCCUCCAAGUGGGGGUGAGAGCUCCGAGUCUCAUGAAGCUGCUGGGGGUAGUGGUCGUGGUUUCCAGCGACCAUCUGAGAGGAGCGCUCCACCUCAGCAGGGAGCAGGUGGAGCAUACCAAGGUGGAAGGUGGGGUCCCCAGUCUCAGCAAGGAGGACGUGGUGGUGGUUAUGGUGGGGGCCGUGGCCGUGGUGGGAUGCCCCAACAGCAGCAGUAUGGUGCCCCCCCUGAACAUCAAGGAAGGGGAAGAGGAGGGCCUCCUCAGCAAGGAGGCCGGGGAGGCUAUGGUGGUGGUCGUAGCGGUGGUGGUGGCCGUGGAGGAGGUUCUCCUUCUGGUGGCCCAUCUAGACCACCAGUUCCCGAGCUGCACCAAGCAACCCUGGCUCCAUAUCCAGCUGGGGUGUCCCCUCAGCCCAUGUCUUCUGAGGGGAGCUCUUCAUUCCGUCCUCCAGAGCCAAUACCAGCAGUAAUACAACAGCAGAUGCAGGAGCUUUCUAUCCAGCAAGAAAUGGAAAGUCAGGCAAUUCAGGCUUCACCUCCACCCUCAAGUAAAUCAAUGAGGUUCCCCCUCAGGCCGGGGAAGGGUAGCACUGGCAUAAAGUGUAUAGUAAAGGCUAACCACUUCUUUGCUGAAUUACCAGAUAAAGAUUUGCACCAGUAUGAUGUUACCAUCACACCAGAGGUCACAUCACGAGGUGUAAACCGCGCCGUAAUGGAACAACUUGUUAAACUGUACAAAGAAUCUCACCUUGGAAAGCGUCUUCCUGCCUAUGAUGGCCGAAAGAGUCUAUACACUGCUGGGCCACUUCCAUUUAUCUCAAAGGAAUUUAAGAUCACUCUCAUUGAUGAAGAUGAUGGAUCAGGCGGGCAAAGGAGGGAGAGGGAGUUCAGAGUUGUAAUCAAAUUAGCUGCACGGGCUGACCUACACCAUUUAGGGCUCUUUUUGCAGGGAAGGCAAGCAGAUGCACCACAGGAAGCUCUUCAAGUUCUUGACAUUGUUUUGCGUGAAUUACCUACCACUCGGUACUGCCCUGUGGGUCGAUCAUUUUAUUCCCCUGAUCUAGGAAGAAGGCAACCCCUUGGUGAGGGUUUAGAAAGUUGGCGUGGUUUUUACCAAAGCAUUCGCCCUACACAAAUGGGACUGUCACUUAAUAUUGAUAUGUCUUCUACUGCUUUCAUUGAGCCACUGCCAGUAAUUGACUUUGUAAACCAACUAUUGAAUCGAGAUGUGUCCUCUAGACCUUUGUCUGAUGCUGACCGUGUGAAGAUAAAAAAAGCUCUUAGAGGAGUCAAGGUUGAAGUUACACACCGAGGAAAUAUGCGUAGGAAGUACCGUAUAUCUGGUUUAACAUCGCAGGCGACUCGAGAAUUGACUUUUCCGGUUGAUGACAGAGGAACUGUGAAGUCUGUGGUAGAAUACUUCUACGAGACAUAUGGAUUUGUAAUUCAACACACUCAAUGGCCCUGCUUACAAGUGGGAAAUCAGCAGAGGCCUAAUUAUUUGCCAAUGGAAGUAUGCAAGAUUGUGGAGGGUCAGAGGUAUUCCAAGAGACUGAAUGAGAGGCAGAUAACUGCUUUGCUAAAGGUGACCUGUCAGCGUCCUCAUGAAAGGGAGCUUGAUAUCAUGCAGACUGUUCAUCAUAAUGCUUAUCACAAUGAUCCUUAUGCAAAGGAGUUUGGAAUUAAAAUUAGUGAGAAGCUUGCUUCAGUUGAAGCUCGCAUUUUGCCACCUCCAAGGCUUAAAUAUCAUGACACUGGUAGAGAGAGGGAUUGCCUGCCUCAAGUUGGACAGUGGAACAUGAUGAAUAAGAAAAUGGUUAAUGGAGGAACAGUGAACAAUUGGAUAUGUGUAAAUUUUUCUCGGAAUGUUCAAGACAGUGUAGCCCGUGGAUUUUGUUAUGAACUUGCGCAAAUGUGUCACAUAUCAGGCAUGGCUUUUAAUCCUGAGCCGGUACUUCCUCCAAUCAGUGGUCGUCCAGAGCAGGUAGAGAAGGUCUUGAAAACUCGUUAUCAUGAUGCCAUGACAAAACUUCAGCCCCAGGGCAAGGAACUUGACCUGCUUAUUGUAAUUCUCCCUGAUAAUAAUGGUUCCCUUUAUGGUGAUUUGAAACGGAUAUGUGAGACAGAUCUUGGCCUUGUUUCUCAGUGUUGUUUAACAAAGCAUGUAUUCAGAAUGAGUAAGCAGUAUUUGGCCAAUGUGGCUUUGAAGAUAAAUGUGAAGGUUGGAGGAAGAAAUACUGUACUUGUUGAUGCAAUAUCAAGGCGCAUUCCUUUAGUCAGCGACCGGCCCACUAUUAUUUUUGGUGCUGAUGUUACCCAUCCUCAUCCUGGGGAAGACUCAAGCCCAUCUAUUGCAGCUGUUGUGGCUUCUCAGGAUUGGCCUGAGAUUACAAAGUAUGCUGGUUUGGUUUGUGCUCAAGCCCAUCGACAAGAGCUUAUCCAAGAUCUGUUCAAAGAAUGGCAGGAUCCUGUAAGAGGGAAAGCCACUGGUGGAAUGAUCAAGGAACUCCUUAUAUCUUUCCGCAGAGCAACUGGACAGAAGCCACAGCGUAUCAUAUUUUACAGAGAUGGUGUCAGUGAAGGGCAAUUCUAUCAAGUUUUGCUGUAUGAACUUGAUGCUAUUCGGAGGGCAUGUGCUUCUUUAGAACCAAAUUAUCAGCCUCCUGUAACUUUUGUAGUGGUUCAGAAGCGCCACCAUACCCGGUUGUUUGCCAAUGACCACCGUGACCGUAAUGCUGUUGACAGGAGUGGGAACAUACUGCCUGGUACUGUGGUGGACUCUAAGAUCUGUCAUCCAACUGAGUUUGACUUUUAUUUGUGUAGCCAUGCUGGCAUUCAGGGCACGAGCCGUCCUGCUCAUUACCAUGUACUAUGGGAUGAGAACAAGUUUACUGCUGAUUACUUGCAGUCCCUUACAAACAAUCUCUGCUACACAUACGCGAGAUGCACACGUUCUGUUUCCAUUGUGCCUCCUGCAUACUAUGCACAUCUUGCUGCAUUUCGAGCUCGAUGCUAUAUGGAGCCAGAGACAUCAGACAGUGGUUCAAUGACAAGUGGUCCUGUAUCUGGACGUGGAGGCAUGGGUGGAGGUGCAGGUGCGCGGAGCACACGAGGACCUGCUUCUGCCGCUGUGCGCCCCUUACCUGCUUUGAAGGAGAAUGUGAAGCGGGUGAUGUUUUACUGCUAGGUUAUUCAGAUGACCCAGUACCUACCUUAUCAUAUUUGGAUUGUUAUGUAGGAUGAAGUUGGAGUACUUGGUGAAACUGUUUUGAUGUGGAUUUAAAGCAGUUUGCUUGCCUUUGCAUAUUUAUGAAAUUGGAAUUUGUGUGCUAA